ACAUUUGUUGUGCGCGCUUAAUUUAAUUUUGUCGGCUUUGUUUUUGAAAGUUUUCAUUAAAUAAUAAACAAUAAAUAUUAAAUAAUUAAUAAUUGUUAUGAAUAUUUCACAUUAAACAAUAAAAUGAGUGCAAGCGAUGGAGUAUUUAACAAUUUACGACAAAAACUCGAUGUACUGGGGUACACACAAACAUUGCCGUUGGCUGGUAUACCCUUGGUUGCGGCACUCUUUGAGGAUUUGGUUAAAUCGACCGAAAGCCUAAGAGAUGCCAAGAAAAAAAUUGUCGACCUAUUGGAGGAAAAGUCUUGUUGGGAAUUGGGCGUAGAACCAUACAAGUGUGAUAAUUCACGCCUCUUGGCUGAAUGCAAUCAGCUGCAUCAAGAAAAUUUAAAAGAUCGUGAGGAUUAUGAGCAACGAAAUUUUGAAUUAGGUCAGAAAAUACGUAAUUUAGUUACGGAUAAAUUUCACCUAGAGGAGCAAUGUCAGCAGCUGCAGCAGCAACUGUCUACACUGUUAGCCAAACAACAGAGCGCGGUAACUGGGCCCAAUAUGAAAAAUGUUAAAGAUAAAGCCAAAAAACCUUUCAUAAGUACGGUGCGUUCAGGUGAACGCAUUCCACCACUUCUUGAAGCUGCUAGUAGUAAUAUUCGUUGCACCAAAUGUAAUAGCCAAACUACGCGUUCGCAUGCGGGACAUGAUGCAAAUGUUGGAGUUGACAAAAUGCCCAGUGUAGCGUUAAAAAACGAAAUCGACCGAUUGGAGGAUAGGGUAAAGAAUUUGACAGACCAGCUCGAGUUCUAUAAGCGGAAGAUCGAAUCACGUGACCGUGAAAUUCGGCGUUUAAACGAGUUACUGUCUGGUGGUCGUCCACCAGCUGCUCUAGCCAAGGAUUGCUGUUUUAAAGAUGUGCGCGGUAUGUCAGAAGACAUUGAACAUUUACAGCGUGAAAAGACUGAGAGUUUGAAUAAGGUACGCGAGUAUCAAGAACAAAUGCAUGAAGCCAUGGAAAGAGCGCUUUCAUUGGAAACGCAAAAUAAGCAACUGCAAAAAGAGCUUGAAGAACUCAAGGUCGCAGCUUUGGCAGUGGAAACGCAGGCAAAUACCGAAAUAGCGCAGCGUGAACAAGAGUUGGAAGACAUACAAAAUGAGUUGAAAAAAUUGCGCAUUAGACAAGAUAGAGGUGGUGAUAAUAGAACACAAAUUGGACGCCGAACUGGAGGGGCUGGAGUUGGUGAUUCCGUAAAUAAUAGUAAUGACGCAGCGGCAGUGGCCAGUUUAAAUGCUGACAAGCGUCGUCUAAAUGAACGCAUUAAUGAACUGACACAAAGGGAUGCUGAGUUAAAAACUGAAAAUGAUCGUUUGCUAAAGAAAUUAUCGAAACUGAAAACGAAAAUACAUGGCAUGCAAAAAGAGCUACAAGACAAUGUACAACAAAAAGAACAACGCACCGAUGAAGAAAAAAUAAGACUCAAGUCUGAACGGGACUUUUUCCAAAAAGAAUAUUUGCGUCUUAUAAGUAAAGCUGGCUCGGAUAAGGAAGUGGAGUUUCUACAAUCUCAAAUCAAAUCUAAAGAUGAUGAACUACGUCUUCUGCGCGCCGAGCUCUGCUUGCGCCAACAAGAACGCCUAAUGCCAACAGUUAACACUGCCAAUGCAGCUACAGCCACUGCCACAAUGACGCAUUGUGAUUUCGCACAAGCGUCACUAGCUAGCGCACGUUCCAAUCAGUCCGCCAAGUCAACGAACAGCGCUGCUAGCAGUGAUUGCGUACAGGCAGUGGUCUUGCGUGCCGAACGCGAACGUGAUUGCGCACGCGCAGAGCUAGAACGGGUGCGCUGUGAACGUGACACGUUGCGUGAGAAGCAUGUUUCACUGCUGCAAACACAAUCGUUGGAAACACAAAAAUCACAAGCGCACAUUGGUGAGCUGAAUGCGCGCAUACGACAGUUGGAGCGCGAAAAGCGUGAGUUGCAUUCGGCGCGUGCGCCACAUGAAACACACAUUGCAUUGCUCAAAGAGGAAAUCGAUGAGCUGAAGCGGCAGAUUUUCGCUUUGCAAGAGGAAAACUCGAAAUUGCGCACGCGCAACAGUCAAUAUAAAAUUUUGAAUGAGCAAACCGAACGUACUCUCCAAGAGUACCAAAGUAAACUUACCAUAGCUGAGCGGCAGCUGCAAACAGCUGAUACGCGUUUAAACGAUUUAGGCACGAAUCGUGAGACCACACAUCGUGAAGCUGCACAGCUGCGCAAUGAAGUUGCAGCGCUAAAGAAGACCUAUGUCUCGCUGGAGAGUGAGAAAGAUCAAAUAUUGUCACAAUUAGAUGCUAAAACAGAGCGUGCUUAUCAAUUAGAAUUUGAGUUGAAACUUUGCAAAGAAAAACGUAUAGCGUUGGAAAAAGAAGUCAAGGAGUUGGAGGAAAAAUUAAGCCAAUUAACUGCGAAAACACGUGAACGUACUGCCGAACUGCAUGAAACCUCAACGGAAAGCAAAAGUUUGCGCCAACAAAUUGCUGCACUGAAAAUCAGCCGAGACGAAGCUAUUGCGGAAAAUGGCCGUCUGUCAAAUGAACUGGCCGAGCGUCAAGCAGAGAUUUUGACACUUAAGAAAAAACUGAAAGACUCCGAUUUCGAAAUCGAACAAUUGAAACAGCAGUUGCGUCAAUAUGUGGCGGAGGUGAAGAAAGCGGAGGAUUUGUUAACGCAUAAGGAGAAGGAACGCGAGGAAAUGCUCGAACAUUAUCGCAGUCUGUCACAUGACGCUGUCGUAUUGGAGGGCAAUAAUCAAAGUCUAGAAGUUGAAGCUGCCGAGCACAAACGACAAAUCACUGAACUCGAAGAUGAAAUAAAAGCGUUGAAGAAGGAAAUUUCUUCGCGCAGUGCACUUAUUCAGCAAUUGGAGGAUAAGCUAUCGGCGCUUAAUACACAAAAUACCAAAUUAGAACAUGAACUAGAGGAUGCUAUAGAUGAACAACACCUGCUGAAGGUUGAUUUGGCCGCACGCAAGGAGCUUUGCGAUAAAUUGGAUGUGGAACGCGACAAAUUAAAUGCCGAAUUAACCGAACUGAAUGAGAUAAAGCGCAAGCUUGAACGUGACAAUGAAAAGCUGCGCGCCGAUUUCGAAAAAACCUCCAACGGACAGAAAGUCUCCUCCGAAACGCUUGAAGAACUCUUAACGAAAACGCGCCGUGAUCUGGAAGAGCAAAUAAAAGUCGAUAGCAAAUUGAGUCAGGAAUUGGUGCGUCAACGGCAGCAAAACGAUGAUUUAUUGCGUGAGCUAGACACCGAACGCCAACGUCGCCAUCAACAAGAAACGCUAGCGCAAGAAUAUCAAAUACAAAAUCAAGAGCUGCGUCACAAUCUCACCGAUGAUCGUUUUCGUCAGGCGCGUUCACGUGAUCAAAGUCCACGCUAUCCAUCGCAGACGUUGUAAGCAUGCAUGCGUUCUCUAUUUUAGCCCAAACAUAACUUAGUACUUAACAAUUUGAAAAUGCAUUUAACUUUUGUUCCGUUUUUUUACUCUUAAUUAAUUUUUAUAAAAAUGUCUUGCGUUUUUCUUUGUUUUUUUUGUUUUUGUUUUUAGUACAAACAAAAAAUACAUAAAAUAAAGUGUGAACAAGCACAAAAACUGAGCAAACUA